UCUUUGCACGACACAACAAACCCAAGGCGUAUGUCCGUUUUCUCUCCUACAACUUGAUGACAGUCACAAGCUUGGAUCAGACGUCGCUUUUGCACUGUCAAUCCCAUGCAUGAAACCUAUGAAUAGGGGCUCCCUCCUUUGCCUCCGCCGCAGGAAAGCUUACACAGCUAAUCCAACACCUUCUUCCCAUUUCCAUUACCCCCACUAUAUUCAACGCUUCCCACCCGCUAUUUAAUACCGAUCGCCUCCCCUUCUCACUGAGAAGAAAGAGGGAAGAAGAUGAUGGCCGACGAUUCCCACGCAUCAGGAGGCAGCAAGAGCACCGCGACCGCCGCCGAGUUGCAGCAGCCGGAGCAAGGCCUCAAGUGCCCGCGAUGUGACUCUUCCAACACCAAGUUCUGCUACUACAACAACUACAGCCUCGCACAACCCAGGCACUACUGCAAGGCCUGCAGGCGGUACUGGACCAAGGGCGGCGCCCUGCGCAACGUGCCCAUCGGCGGCGGGUGCCGCAAGAACAAGCGGUCCAGAUCGUCCACAACGUCGCGCCUGUCGCUCGAGUCGAUCGAUCCCAUGCUCGGAGUACCUGACUCCGGCGCUGGCCUAAAGUUCCUAAGCUCGUUGCCCUCCCUCUCCCCAGGCUUCCAGGUCGGUGUCCUCCCUUUCUCCGGUCUCCAUUCUCUGGCUGCUUCAGACGUGUUCAACGGCAACCAGUGCAUCUCCUUCGGAGACAUGAUCUCCUCGCCCGGUGCAACGAUGUCUUCCUCAUCCGGCAUGGCUGCUACUCCUAUGAUGGAAUAUCGCCACCCGGCCUCUGCUGUAGGGGUUUAUAGCGACACAGGCGGUUGCUCUUCGUCUGUGGGGAACAGCCAUGCGAACAAAAGCAUUGCCCCUUCCAUCGAAUCCUUGAGCUCCAUUAACCAAGAUCUCCAUUGGAAACUUCAGCAGCAGAGAUUGGCUAUCUUCUUCGGAGGGCAAACUCAUACAGACAGCAGCAGCAGCAGAAGCAGCAUGCCUGCCUACCCAACUCCGAGCUCCAAAGAUGCCGGCUUGGAGGGCAACGAGUCCACAAAGGUUCGUGUCAGCAGUGAGCACACUGCUUCACCAGUAUGGUUCAUCGAGUCUUCUUCUUAUACCAUCCCCCUUGCCACCACCACCACCACCAAUACGACUACGAUCAUGACCAACAACAACAACAGCAGCAACAACACAAGCACAUGGAAUGGAACUCCAUGGCCAGCAUGGAGUGACAUGCCACAGUUCGGCACACUACCAUGAGAAAGAAAAGGCCGCCUGAGGUAUCCCAACUCAGUCCUCAUAAUGGUCGACUGAUCGUUGUUGCAUGUAAUUCGAUCGAUAGCUUUCUUCUUCUUCCUUUCACCAUCUCUUCUGUCUUCUGCAUUUCUCUCUGUGACUACUGAUUCGGUAGAUGUUACGUACUUUUCUAAGUUCUAACAACGCAUAUCCAUUUGUUCAUUCUUCA